AACCUGAAUGUUAAUGUGGAGUUCACAUAUUUCACACACAUGGUGUUUUAAAAUUCACUGAAGUUGAUCUACAAAUUUUUUGUGAAUUUAUGAGGAUAUUUAGGAGCAAUUUUGCAAACGUAACAAAAUAUUCAGGAUGAAAUGAAUUGAAACAAAUGGUCUAGGCUUUUAUUUUGAAAAUUGCAAGACGUACUUGACGAGUGAGCUAUCCGGAAGUGCCGGUUUGUUUUGCUGAUGUAUAAAAGCUAGUGUGGCUCUUCUGGCUUAUGAUUUCUAGAAUUUGACCACUUUAUUGUCAGUUAAGCAAACAGUUUCAAGCAAGAUUUCAGCCAGGAAGACGACAGAAAACAGGUCUUCUAGACGUCUAUGACGUUCAAAGGAAAAUUGACGUGUGGAGUUUGCUAAUGUGGCUAACAUUAGCUUCCAGGUUUGACUGAAGAAGUUCUGGAACAGCUGGAAGGAUGUCUAAACUGGAACGGUUGAAUGCCCGUGUGUCCAAACUGUUGACUGAAGCGGUGCAGGAGGUUCUGGAGGUGGUGAAGGAGACGGUGAUGGAGUACCAGCAAAAAGUUGUCCGAACACAACGAGAAAACGAUAGUCUGAAAAGAAGAGUGUGUGAGCUUCAGGAAAGGAUACCCAGAGAAAAUGCAGAUGUUUUGCCUCCAGUUGAGCCAUCACCUAAAGAUGGUGAUCAAACUCAGGACUCAAGCUUGUGUCAGACCCAUAAUCUAAAUGUCCAUGUGACCACUGUGAUCAGUGAUGAAAGUAACCAUGAUGGGAUGAAGCAGGAAUUGAGAGAACGACACGUGGAUACUCAUUCAGGAGGAGACCGUUUCAAAGCACAGCCAGAAACUAAAUCAUGUCAGGAUGCUGAAACUGUCCACAUGUUCCUGUCUUUUCACAGAGACAUGAGGACGGUGUCAUCCAACAGUGUGUGCACCUCUUACCCCAGCUCCCUCCUAUCAUUAGCUGCCAUCAAAAGAGAAAGUGAACAGUCAGCGAGCACAACAUCUGAGGAGUCAGCUCAGGAACAAAGCUCCAGAGGUGUGGAUUUAAGCUCCAGCUCUUUUCCUCACACCUCUGACACCCGCCAGCCAAAAGUCAGUGCUGAACCUUUAUUUGUCAGUUCUAAUCCUGAUGUACACGGAAGUCAGGGUGGCUCAAAAACCAACGGGGUCACAUGUGACGGACAACAAAUCAGGACGCAGAAUCCGGGGAGAGACGACUUGCACUUCUGUGCUGUGUGCGGGAAAACCUUCAGCCGGGUGGGGAACCUGAGAAUACACCAGCGGUGUCACACUGGGGAGAAGCCGUAUGGCUGCGUGCAGUGUGGCAGGCGUUUCAGUCAGGCAGGGGACCUGAAGAAGCACAAGAGAGUUCACACGGGGGAGAAGCCAUACAGCUGCAGCCAGUGUGGGAAGAACUUUAGUCGAGGGGAGAAUCUCAAAAGACAUCAGAGGAUCCACAUUGGAGAGAGACUGCAGUUACAGCGAGCAUGGAGAGACCUGCAGUAGGCUUUUGUGUCUAAUCCAGUCACAACACUUUAUCGUGGAGGGGUCAUUUUUUAUUUGUCUUGGUGUUUUAGGAGACACUUGCAGAUUUUUCCCAUGUAAACUUCAGAGUGUGUGAACUACAGACUUAAACAUGAAGUUUACUGAUGAGUCGUUUUUACUUUAAAAAUAUAUAACUGGGUCACUUUGAGUUUAACAAGCAUGUUGAACAUGAAAAUAGUCUUUUGCCCCUUUCUCCAGCAUAUCCGCCGAUAGAAAAUAAACUGAAAUGCUAGGAUUAGAAAAACCUUCUGAUCUGUCACAUUUUAAAUUGGCUUUCAUGGACUCACCCAUGUUGGCUGAUGACGGGGACGGCUGUUGUUGGUUUAGCAUCCAGGAAACGGCAGGGAACGUCUUGGCUAGUAGAAGCUAACUGUUAGCCUUAGCAACUCUACAACACAGCACAUCUCCUACAGGUUUUGUUAGGUCAGUGUUGCAAAGCAAACAGAUGCAGCGGUAGGGUCGCAUUACUGUUAAACAAUCAGAGACGAGAUGUCCAAAUAUCAGGAAAUCCAGAUCCUGCUGUCUUCUGCUCCCCUCUCCUCUAGCUCAAUUCUAAUUCCUAAGACAGGAAUGCCAAAGCUUUAUUCCCAUGGAGAACAACUCGCAAGGCAUUCAUUCAUAAUAGAGAUCACUGCAAAUUGGUUGAAAAAACAAGUGAAUUUAGUCUUUAACUCUUUUACGUGGAUUUAUAUGCUCUUUGCAGAAAGUGUCACAAUCAUGUUUGUCAAUAAACCUACAAACACAGAGGCUCCUUACAGAGAUGCACUUCCAUAAAACUGGGCUGUCACCCUUAUUCUUUAGUAUUUGUGUAACUUUCUUUUUUGCAGACACUAUCAUGGGGUGUAAUUAAAUGGCUAAAAUAAAUCAGUGAGCAAAUUUCAGGGACAGAAGAAAGAAUUGUAAUUCAGAGUAUUAAUUUAUUGGCCGAUUUUUGUUUUUAACUAUUCUUUGUGAUAAAUGCUACCAACUACAGAUGUGAUUUAUCCCGUUGUCAGUAACAGAGUUCUUCUACAGCAGUGAUGGUUGGUUUCUAGUUUCAGCCUCUGAUUUUUAAUGAAUUAAACAAAGAGUAAACAGACUGUCAAACAUUCACUUUAUUUUGGCUAACUGGUUCCCAACCAGCACUGAUGUGAACACGAGAACCAGGUGUGUUAUUUGGUGGUAAAAGAGAAGCUUCAGAGUACUUAUUAAAGAGUUUAAUUACUUUAUAGGUACUGUUGGACUGACUUCUUGGUCGCUGGUUAAAAAUGUCUAAAUUUAAGCCGCAUGAUUACUUUAAAAAGCAACAUUUUACAGCCUGAAUGUUAGUAGAUAGUCAUAGAAGCAGAAGUAAUAAAUUAACCUAUAAACACA